CCCUUUUUAAAUCUUGUGACCUUUGACGAAAAAUUGAGCUGGCCUUAUCAUUUAGCACUAACCCCUGAGGUUAUAAACCACGAGUUAAUCGGCUACGUAAACGUUUUACCUGUUUCGUGUUAUAUCGUGGUAUUUACGCAUGCUCAUAAGGAACAGAGACAGGGGACCAGGGACACCAUAAAAUGAAAAACCAGGAUCUGUAUGUUUGGUGUGCUUCCCGAUAACCGGAAACAAUCCUCUGGAAGGAAAGAAUUAACGGAUUAACGGAUUACAGAGGAUAUAUAAAGAUGAAUCGCAUUCUACUCAAAUUCAUUGGACUGGUGAUUGCCAGUAUUUCGACCGUGUUCUUAAUAAUUUAUGUCUUUAAAGUAAAAUCGCCGUCAUCAUCAUCAGCAUCAUCAUCGCCGUCUCUACUCGAACUCCAAGAUGCAGCUAGGAGAAACUACAAAGCUUUAAUCCAACCUGGUGUACAGGGGCCGUAUAAAAAACCUAAAAUAUUAUGUUGGGUACUGACAGCGCCUAAAUAUCUGGAUACUCGUGCCAAGGCUGUGAAAACUACCUGGGGUAAAAGAUGUGACAAAACUCUUUUCUUCAGUAGUACAGCCAACGCUUCCUUUCCUACGAUUGGUCUGAAUGUUUCCGAAGGCCGAGACGCACUGCCCAAUAAAACAAUCGGAGCUUUCACUUACUGUUAUGAAAAAUACGGGCAGGAUUUUGAUUGGUUCAUGAAAGCUGAUGACGACACUUACGUCAUUGUGGAAAAUUUACGUAAAUUCGUUUCGAAUUAUUCUUCAUUGGACCCUAUUUAUUUCGGCCAUAAUUUCUAUAAAUAUUUUAAACAGGGGUAUAUGAGUGGUGGUGCGGGAUAUGUAUUAAGUAAGGAGGCGUUAAGGGUGUUUGUAACUAAGGGCGUGGCUAAAACUAAGCCUAUGUGUAAGAUACAAGAUAUAAAAAACGAAGAUAUUUUGGUGGGUGCUUGUUUGGAUAAACUGGAUGUUAAAGCUAUAGACACGGUUGAUGAGUACCAAAGAGAACGAUUCUUACCACUGGAUCUUAUCGAAUAUGCUGUAACAGGAUUUCCGUUUUGGUUGCCGGAAUAUUCAAAGUUUAAACCCAAACUCGGAGUGAAUUGUUGUGCUGAAGAUUUGAUAUCGAUGCAUUACGUUAAACCUGUGACGAUGUAUGUCUAUGAUAUGUUGUUACACCGUGUCAAAGUCGACAGAAAUGUAUAAAGGACCUGGUAGAACUCCCCGGUUGUACGUGACAAGGAGUAGGGUCGCCUGUCCAACCUCGUGGGUUUUCUCCGGGUACUCCGGGUUCCUCCCACUGCUAAAGACCCCUACGCGCAAGCGAAUUAUUGAAAUAAAAUUAAAUCAUAUAUUAGUCCCGAAAUAACCUAUUUUGUGUCGAGUGGACAUUAACACCUCUCUCUCUCUCUCUCUCUCUCUCUCCCACUCUCUCUAUCUCCUAGUAAAACUAUCCUUGAAACUAUCUAAUACGAGAUAACCAAUCUGAUUAAAACACAGAUCCUAUUUCGUUUCGUUUUUUAUAGUUCAAAAUUUCGUUUUACUUGUCUUUGCUACAUUAGGAUCUGGGAGAGUUGUUAUAUAACUCCUGAUCUGAAUGAUGUGAGUUGCAGGGAACUUUGGGUAAACCACUUCAAACGUCAACGCUGAUUGAUUAAUCAAUGUCUGACGUCAUAAGGUCAAAAGCCACUCGUGUGACACCUGACGCGACCUUCCACUAUAACUUGUCAGAUCUUCAUGUAGCGUAGCCCAUCGAACGUAUUAAAACGAAACGAAAUAUAGAUAUGUGUUGUAAUCAGAUUGCGAGAAAACUAAAUAUACGCGGAGACUAGCAUGAGCGACAUCAGGGGCGCCCCGCAAAAAACAAAACCACCAAAAAACAAACAAAAAACCGCCGAAAAACAACACAACCCAUGGAACAUCUUUAACUAUAGUUACAGUGCAGUAACCAAUAAUAUGUAUAAUUAAGGCACAAAUAUCUAUAUUACCAGAUAAAAUAAAUCGUUUACAUUGUAAGUAUCAUAAGUACACUGUUAGAAAUAAAUGUUAAUUUACCAUAAGAAUGUGGUAAAGUAUUUACGUAGUUGUAUGUUAUUUUACAUAUGUAUGUUUUAUUACACCAAAAUAGAAGUGAGAGUACAAAUAGUCGUAAAAACCUCAUAUUAUACAGGUGAUUUUACCCUGAAAUAAUUCAUUUUACAAACGUAACGUCAAAAUACAGUAAUGUUCAGUGUAUUCCAACUAUAGUAAGAUGUACCGUAGCCCAAAUUGGUUGUCGUAAAAAGUUGAAAUCACAGAAAUGUUUUAUUCAAUAGUAAUAAAAUCAAAAAUUGAAAUAUUUUUGUUAACAUUUCUCAACACAAAACCAAUUAACAGUGAUUGUUGAAGUCCACAAACAAAUAGCAAAAGAUGUUACGACAACCAUCAGAUACACUGUCAGAAAUUUAUGUAAAAUUACAGUAGUACAAGUGGUUUUUGUACCUCAAUUGUCGGUAUAUUUUACAACAUAUACUACUUUUACCAAGUCUGAUGUAUUUUUACCGAGCUUCGUGUAUGUUUAUCGUCUUUCAUGUGUUUUUGACAAUAAAUGUAAAUUAACAUAUAUGUCCUUCUACAGUAAAAUGUUAAAUAACUAAUGGUGUCAUUUUACGUAUGAUUUAGGGGCAACUUUUGCUGCCCGUAAUUUUAGGGUAAAAUAACCAAAAUAUUUUUAACAGUGUAUACGGAGAAUCACAGGUACCCAUCGGUAUUUAAUAAUAAUAAUAUGCAAUCAUAUUGGUUAAAGAUACAUUAUGUAAUAUUUACAUUCUUGUUAUAACGGUACGAAAAUAGAUAAUGCAAAAUGAAUAAAUUUAACAUUUCAUUGAAAUUACUCUAUUCCGAGCGACGAUAUUAGCCUUUCAUGGUUUAAAAAUAUGUGCAUUAAUUGCUAGGCUCAGCCCCUCCACUUUUAAAUUAAAUCAAAAUAUAACUGAACCGUUCUAAUGUACUUAAUAUCGAACCCAUCCGAUGACAUCGAGAGUUGAUUAUGGUCUUGUCAUAUUAAUAAAUGUCUAAUUAAUAACUUAGAUAAUAUUUCAAACCUAAAAAAAAGAACUGCAAUAGGCAGAUUUAGCU